CGAACGCACCCUUUCUCUGAUAGAUACAGGUAAUAUCACGAAAUACUUCGGCGUGGCCACUGCUACUUUCUGUAGGAAGUUACGACAAAUACAACAAUUACAACCAAAUUGGAUACAAUUUGGGGCAGCUCGUUUAUCAUAACUUGUACAAUAUUAUUAAAUUACUAUGGCAUCAAAAGUUACCUUCAGAAUAACUCUUACUUCUGAUCCCAAUCUGCCAUAUAAAGUACUUAGCGUACCAGAAAAUACUCCAUUUACUGCUGUAUUAAAGUUUGCUGCUGAGGAAUUUAGAGUACCACCAUCUACAUCAGCCAUAAUUACAGACGAUGGCAUAGGAAUAAAUCCACAACAAACUGCAGGAAAUGUAUUUCUUAAACACGGCGCAGAACUCAGAUUAAUCCCUAGAGAUCGUGUUGGAAAUAGCAGAUAAUUCAUAUAACCUUUCUGUAUCCAUUUUUAUCGUGUUCUUGCACAGUGCAAAUAUAUUUUGAGAAAAAGUUAUUUUUGUUGGAGAGUAUUAUAAAAGUUAUAGAUUAAUUAUUAAAAAUUAAAUUAAAUUAUACUAUAUUUAUAUUUAUAAUUCUCUUUUGCAAACAUUCCACAUACUUUCUGUAUCAGUUUGAUGUUUAAAUAUUGUUAGUGAAAUUUGUUAUUUAUUAGCACAGUUAUAUAGGGUGAAUGUAAAAGUUCUUCUCUCUUUCUCUCUCUUUGAUGGAUUUCACUAUAAAAGAUAAAAAGAAUUCACUAUAAAAAAUCAAAAAAAUUUAUUAUAAAUAAAGCAACGGUUACGAUAAAAUAUUGCUAUUACAAUAUGAUAGAUUGAAAAUCUAUUAUAACUUUUAUAUUUAUCCAAUUUAUUCAGUUAAGAUUGCUAUAGAAGGUGGAUAUCAUACAGACAAAAUAAACAAUUAAAAUGUUUAAUAAAAAGUUUUAAUAGUUGAAAUACAUGAAAGUUAUGAUUGAUAUAAAGGUACAUCGUUACAUGGUAAAAUCAUUCAAACAACAGUCAUUUAUACUUUUUAGAAAGAUUCGUGAUUGAGUUUGUGAGAAAUGUAUAACACAUAGUCUCAUACUUAAUAAACCUCAAUCUCAAACCUUUUUACUGUAAGAGAUUGCAUAAUUUGCGUAAUUAUUUACUCAUAAUCUGGUUGUAAUUGUGUGUAAUAUAUAUAAUGCGCUAGGUGAAUAAUUCAAUGAAAAUAAUCACUGAGAUAUAUAUAUCGUACCUUUUUUACUCUGUAAUCCAAAAACAAAUAAUGGCGACAUAAACGCGCGCGCGCGCGGCAGCGACAAGUUUUAAUAAAAUUUUACCUUAUUCCCUAUCGUUGACAUGUAUAAAAGAUUUGUCAAUACUUUCUAGUGCAGGAGAGGGGACAUUGUGAGAGUCGAGAAUACGCAGAUUACAAAACACAAUUUGUAUAUAAAAGAGAUCUAAAAAAUAAACUAGAUGAUUCAGA